AUGCUGAAUGAAGAUACUGAAACAUUUUUUUACAACAAAGCCAGACUUGAAUUUUCACCAACAGGUAGACCACACGCCGCAAGAUAUCGUCGACAACUACACCCUGUACUUCCUUCCAACAACAGUUCUUCCUCGAAUGAACAAGAAUCUUCUUGUCCGCCAAACUUGUCUUGUAGGAAUAAGUGUUCAAAUCCACGACUCUUUUUACAAACCAAUAAAAUAUCUUGCUUCUGUGACAAGGACUGUAAUUUCUUCAAAGACUGCUGUGCAGAUUAUAGUCACUACUGCACGCCAAGAAAUCGGUCACAGCAAAUUCUCAACCAAGAGGGCUUGGUAACUAGCCAAAAUAAGUACCUCUGGGGUUGCUAUGACGGAGAGCCUAUUAAAGAGUCAAGUGGAUUUUGGAUGAUUGGAUCUUGUCCGAGAACUUGGCCAUAUGAUGACGUCUUUUAUAAGUGUAGAAACCUUUCCUCUGUUAAUAGGAUUACAAAAGAUAACUACCAUUAUCUACCUGUAUAUACCAGCAAAGGUACAGUGUACCACAAUCAAUUUUGUGCACAGUGUAACGGAGUCAAAUCCAAAGAUCUCAAGAAUUAUACGCUAUCGAUCCAAUGCUCUGUAAUCCCACCAGAAUCUUUAAAUCGAGAAAAACAAAUUGAUUUUUUAUUUAAACAUUGCCAACCCAAUAAAAUUAAUUGGGCGCCAACUACUGGGGGGGCUAGACGGUUCUGUGUUACAAUCACAGACUUCAGCUUCAGCUGCAAACGAGAUGUUGAUGGGAAAUGCUCAAACGGACCAGUUGGCAUAGUUUCUGUUAUGAGUAGGAAGAGCAACUACAAAAACAAGCACUGUGCGGAGCUGUGUGAUGGCUCAGGAAGGUAUGACUGUGGACCCAAUGAAUUUAAAAGUACUGGGAGCUUUCUUCCCGAUACAAAACCAUUUUCCUUUAUCUUUGAUUUUACUGGGUCUACUGAUCGCACAAAGACAAAAACAUUUAAAGUCACGUGCCCGUUUAAUAAGCCUCUUUAUGAUCCUUACCUACAAAUUUGUCGUAAAGGUCGAGCUUCAAUACCUCAAGCACCGCAAAACACUUCUAGAGAGCAAUUGUACGAGGUUGUUUUAUGGUUGCAGCCAGUAAAGCCUCUUGACUUUCGCACAAGAAUGGCAUUUCGUGACGUUCCAAUUGACUCAAAAAAUGCGGAGAAAAUACUGAAAAUCAACCACCAACAAUUGAGCAAUUGCCGAAUGUUCAGCAAAUCGUCUACUAUAUUUACGUUAAAAGUAAAUCUUAACGUUUCGUUKGAGAARGAGGARGGAAAUAUUACAAGACUUCGUAGGUCGCUUGCAUCAACUAAAGAUCAAUACAUUCAMCGAAUUUUAAACUUUCAGAACCCUUUUGAAGUGUCAAUCAUAAUAUCAAACUUUACAGUGUUCAAAGUAACUUCGAGGAUCCUCGGAUGUGUCAAUUUGCAGAUKUACAAUCGUCAUGAGUACACGGUAYYAUCUAAAGACAGUCCAGCGGUUGUUAUCAUCAAGACAAACGAGCAGCUAAAAGCCAAUGARUUUUACACGWURAACGACACRUYAGCCAAUGACAGCCAAKCUAUYUAUAUCUGCCGUAAUYAUCAGCGACCACAAUGCUCUGCGAAGUGGRURUURAUGAACGAAGGCGAAUUUGUUGUCYUAGAAAACAAAAGCGUUUAUGUAAACUCUUCCAAACACAUUUUCGACUUGCAAAMCUACAUUUGGGCAAAUCAUAGUGUCUUCGUUUGCGAGAAUUUUUCUAGAAGUYACMAAGAAAGAAGAAAACAGAAAAUCUUUGAUAAMCGUUUAGCAMUAAUUCUGACCAUAGUAUGCAUGUCAAUAUCGAUUAUUKCRCUKSUCUUUGUCCUCGUCACCUAUUCCUUGUUCRSCGAGCUAMGAACACCACCAGGUAUUAAUAUUAUGAACCUCUGYGUUGCCAUGUUGCUUGCAAAAUUCUUGUGGCUCUUCGGWAGCGGACAGACAGACAAACCUAUGAYUUGCACUGUUUUCGCUAUCCUUGUUCACUACCUUUUUGUGGUUUCKUUCGUSUGGACGUCCAUCAUCGCCUUUGACACUUGGAGGGCCUUCACUGCUAAAGGCAGACGUUYCWUGGCUGACUCGAAGCCCAAAAGACUGCUGCAUAGCUUACGAUAUAUGGCUGUUGGRUGGCUGUCUGUCAUGGUGUACGUKKCAAUCUGUGUUGCUCUUGACCUGACCAAUACAGUAACCAUUGGGUACMAAUCUMGCAAGGCAUGUUUUAUUGGCAAUACAAAGGGUAUUUUAUACGCAUUUUAUAUUCCUAUGGCAAUAGUCAUCAUGUUCAACGCUAUCUUCUUUAUAAUGACAUUAAAAGCAAUCAAACAAACUACAGCUCAAGCACGAGCCGCUACGGAUCACAACAGCCGUAAGCAGUCCUUUGGCGUGUACGUGCGUAUGGCAUCASUCAUGGGUUUUACGUGGAUUUUAGGAUUYWUUGCUCCKUUUGKACCGCUUUUCAUUUGGUAUUUGUUCAUUGUUAUGACUGGUUUAGAAGGUCUCUACAUCGCAUUGGCGUUUGGUCUCAAUCAAAGAGCUCGCAAUUUAUACAAGAAUCGCUUUCCUGUGCUUGCUCGAAAUAGUAACACCAUUGGUACUGACACCACCAAGAGUACCUCAAAGUUUGAAAAGCUUGGUGAAAAGCGUGAAUUUGAAGAAACAAAACUCUAAACUCAUCGUUUGGUCUGGAAUUACUCGGUACUUGAUUUGGUUGUGUGUUUGGCGAACUUGUAGUUCGGUUGUGUACUCUCGUUUAAAAUCUUCCGAGUCGACAGAACAAAAGCAACCUCUCCAUGCUGCAUGAAUGGACAGAACUCUGUCAUCAUUUCCAACAUGGCGUCUAUGACGUCACGUAACAAAAAAAAUAAUAGAAUGAUGGAUUUUAGAAUUUUUCCUGCAUUUUUGAAAUCGAAAGUAUUUUUUA